AUGCUUAGUGUUGAACAACGCAAGAGGUAUCCAAUCCCAAUUGGAAUUUCGCCCAGUGCAGUGCAAAAACCUGUGGGCGAUGAUGGGGAGAUUGAUACGGCCAAAGCAGCAAGUAGUCGGGGAACUAACAUGAUCCUAUCGUCGCAUACAACAUGCACGUUGGAAGAUGCCAUCCAAGCACCUGUUGGAGACAAUGUGGUGGAUUUCCGGUUCCAGCUCUAUAUCUCGCAGAAUCGGGAAAGAUGUGCGCAGCUAUGUUCCAGAACCAACCUGAAAAUCAUUCUAAAAGGCAUAAUGACCGCAGAGGAUACACUGCUCGCCAUUGGACAUGGCGCUGACGCAAUCAUUGUGUCCAACAACGAAGGCCGCCAGCUGGACUCUGUCCCCUCCAGGAUCGAAGUGCUGCCGGAAAUAGUCAGUGCAGUUCGAGGUAGGGUUCCCGUCAUUAUUGAUAGCGGAAUUACGAGGGGAAGCGACGUAUUCAAAGCAUUGGCGUUGGGUGCGGAUUUCACACUCGUGGAUCGUUCGGCAUUAUGGGGUCUUAAUUUUGGCGGACAGGAGGGGGGUGGAGAGAGUAUUGGAUAUUCUUGA